AUGAGCUUGAAAGUGCAAGAAUGCAGCUUGGUUUGCCCGGUAGGGGAGACCCCAAAUCAAAUUGUUAGGCUCUCACGCCUAGAUAUGCUGGCUCUAAGUAGAGCCUUAGUUUCAUUCUAUCCGUUAGCGGGUAGGUUAAGGAAAAAUGAGAGUAAUGAUGAAAUUGAAGUAGAUUGCAACGCGGAAGGGGCGCUAUUCAUAGAGGUCGAAACACCCUAUGCCCUUAAUGAUUUCGUAGAUGGAGAUGGAGAUAAAGACGGAGUCUUUAAGCCUAAUGCUAAGUUUCGUAAAAUGUCUUCUAAACCUCAAAUUAAUGCAUUGAAACUAGAAGCAGCAUCACACAAAGUAGUAGAUCAAGGUUACACACUAAGUACAUUCAAGGUGGUAGCAGGGCAUGUGUGGCGAAGUACAUGUAUGGUGCGCGGAUUAGCAAAUGAGCAGUAUGUAAAGCUCUACAUACCGAUUGAUGCAAGAACGAGAUUGAAGGAUCCAACCCUACUAAAAGGGUAUUACGGCAACUUAGUCUUCUUUGCAGCCUGUAUUGCUGAAGUAGUUGACAUUGUGAGCAAGCCGCUAUGGUUUACUGCAAGUAAGAUACAUGAGACACUAGAAAGAAUGCAGGAUGUCGAAUACUUGAAAUCGGCCGUUGAUUGCUUAGAAUCGAAUCCAAUCCCAUGGUUGUUCUUCGUGGGGCAGACAGUGUUACUUGUCCAAAUCUUUUGA